UGAAUCCUUUCCACGUCCGCCAUUUUGACAUACGGUACUUUUCGAGAGUGUUGGUUUUAUGUUUUAUCGUUUCUCGUGAAAAAUAAUCUUUUUUACUGAAACGUAAGUAACGUAAGUGAUAUAUACGUGGAAGGUGUCGUUAAAAGGGUUCUCAAUAAUCAGGCCAAGUUAAAUAAAUAAUGGAAGUUUGAGCGUGGAACCUUUGACGAUUCGCUGGGGAGUAGGUCGAAGGUGACAGACAACCGGGUGUACGCAGUGGCUUCGCAAACCGCACAAUAUCCCCCGCCUUGUUUGCAUUACUACGAUAUUGGCGUAUUAAGUAGCCAAGACGUUUUAAAAGUGCAUAAACCGACAGCAAAGCACUCUAAAGAUAUAUAAUAAGGGUAUCUAUAUAACUAAUACCAACCAUGGGGAAUAUGUUUGCAACAUUAUUCAAAGGCCUCUUUGGCAAAAAAGAAAUGAGAAUUUUGAUGGUAGGCCUCGAUGCAGCUGGUAAAACCACAAUUCUGUACAAAUUAAAAUUAGGGGAAAUUGUUACAACGAUUCCCACUAUAGGGUUCAAUGUAGAAACAGUCGAGUAUAAAAACAUAAGUUUUACUGUAUGGGAUGUAGGUGGCCAAGACAAAAUCAGACCUUUGUGGCGACAUUACUUCCAGAAUACACAAGGACUUAUAUUUGUCGUUGAUAGUAAUGAUAGGGAACGUAUCGGUGAAGCACGCGAGGAGUUGAUGAGAAUGUUAGCAGAGGAUGAGCUUAGAGAUGCGGUACUUUUAAUAUUUGCUAAUAAACAAGAUCUGCCAAAUGCAAUGAAUGCUGCAGAAAUAACUGAUAAACUGGGUUUGCAUUCUUUACGUAAUCGUAAUUGGUACAUACAAGCAACGUGUGCCACGAGUGGAGAUGGACUUUACGAGGGUUUAGAUUGGCUCUCCAAUCAACUUAAAAAUGCCAACCGCUAAUCGGAACGUUAUUUUGUCAACAUUCAGUUGCUAUAUUAACAUCAUACAAAAACAGCUGCACACCCGUCCCCCCCACGAACGAAUAAUAUUUUAAAAGAGCAGUAACACUGUGUGCGAAGCGCAAGAUCUUUUGGAUCUUGAGUGGAGGGUGAACAGGUUAUCGUAUGUUGUCACUGUGCCAGAGGAAGUUUUGGGGGGAGGGGAGUGGGGAAAAACGGUCGUGAGCACACAAUCGAACGGCCACACAGGACUAUUGCCUUGAGCAACUUAUUAUUAUAAUUAUUAUUACAUUAGCAUUAUAGUUACACUUUUUACACAGAGAUACCACAAGAAAUGUGGACAAAAACUUGAAGUAAUUGUAUUAAAGUACCUAACUCUGAAACAUACAAUACACAUUAAUUAAUUAAUUAAUUAAUUAAUAAUUUAAAUGAUAUCUUUGACAAACAAAAAAGAAAGAAGAAAAAAAAACAAUUUAAGAACAAGACAAAUGCGAAAAGUACCCACGGUGUUGUCAGUUUGAAUGCGUUGGACAUACUGAUUAUUCAUAAUGUAGCUGCAUAUUGUACAUUACAUUAUAUAAAUACGAUGAUAAAAUGUGAUCAAUAGAUGGUGAGAGAAUGUUGCUCUGCCCAUUACAUUGCAAAAUGUUACAUUGGCCCAUCAGUUUAAAUAGAAACAGAGAGUAAAAUAACUGACGGUGCAAUGACUUACUGUUUCUAAUUACAACAAAUUUGUUUCUAUUUUUUUAAGUUUUUUUUUCACUGAAUAGACUUUGAAAGGGAAAAGAAAUAAAAAAUAAUAAAACAAAAAAAGAUUAAAAAAAAAAAAAAGAAAGAAAACCAGAAAUGGAAAUAUAUAACUGCAUAUGAUUGUUUCGCCCUAACUGUUAGUGUGACAGCAGGUGCAGUAAUUGCACCCUCCUCCACCUGCUUGAAUUAACAUUAAACGGCGAGCCAAUCAUAUGAAUCAAAUCUCAGUGUAAAAGAGAUAUCAUUUAUUUAUUGCACCUUGAUAAAGGUAAAAAUUAGAGAAAAGAAAAAAAAAAUCGUCGACAUUCCGAAAUUAUUGCAGCGACCGCAGCGGGAAAAAAAUUCAGGUGAAUUAUUAAAGGGGAAAAAAAAGAAAGAUAAGAAAGAGAAAAAAAAAAGGGGAAAAAAAACUAAGAAAAAGCUAAAAGAAAAAAUAAGAUUAUUCUUUAGGAAAAGAAACAAAAAGUAAAAAAACGAGAAAAUCACGAAACAAACGAAAGACCUCUCACGUCGAUGAGAGAGGAUAGGCCUCGCAAAUUCUUAAGCCAGAAGAUCCUGGCUGAUUAUGGGCAAGUCUGCCUUAAAUAUCAUCAUUUUGAAGCCGUUUCACGAAUCCUUCUUCUCGACGUCCCAUAAAAAUUCUUUUUUUUUUUUCUUCUCUCCUUCUAAAAUACAUUGUUUUUAUUAACUAAUCCUCCCCCUAAUUGACAGAAUCGCCUUUUCGUCACAUGCGGAAAUUCGUAUAAUUAUGUAUGAAUGUUUAAACAACUUGUGAAAUAUACUGUAAUUGUGCUUUA